AUGGCAGACAUUCAGGCCCUUCGGCGGCUUAUCCAGACUCAUCCGCUCAUCGACAACCAUGCACACAACAUCUUGAGCGCUGAAUAUGCGGCAGACUACAGCAAAUACCCCCUCGAGAGCGUCGUAUCCGAGGCCCAGGGCGACGCUCUCCUCCAGGAUGGCUGCAAGUCUCUUCCGCAUAUCAGAGCCCUCAGCCAGUUGGCGAGCUUGUACGGCUGUCCUGCAGAGUGGAAUGCCAUCAAAGCUGCCAGAGAAGAGGCGAUUGAAGACGACUAUGGAAAGCUGGUGAAGAAAUGUCUCCAUGGGACACAUAUGCUUCUCCUGGACGACGGUUUGGACCUUACCUACUCAGAGCCGUACGAAUGGCAUGACCGGUUCACUCCUGGAGCCACGAGGAGGAUCGUCCGUAUCGAAACUCUGGCUGCCUCGAUCCUGAAGAUACUGUUGCAAAAGGCCACAGGGAACGAGUUCCCUGUCGAUACCACACCCGGAACUGGAGAUGAAGAUGGCCUUAUUAUGGGGAAAUAUUCUGCUACACAGCUCCUAAGCAUCUUUGAGGUGGCCUUUAGGAGUCGAAUCAGGGCAUAUCUAGAGGACUUGGAUGUUGCUGGGUUCAAGUCCAUUAUCUGCUACCGGUCUGGCCUAGCUGUCAAGAAGCCAGCAACCGAAGAUGUCCUACGGAGUUUUAAUGCUUAUUUCCAGUCAAUGUCGACAGAUGGGAAUAGCCGUAUCGAUAGCAAACCAUUGAACGACUAUUUGAUACUGUCUGUCUUUAAUAUAAUCCGGCAAUAUCAAAUCACCUCAGGGAGGACGAAGCCGGUCCAGUUCCAUACAGGCCUGGGUGAUUCAGACAUAGAACUGAGCCUCUCUGAUCCUGCUCUUCUACAGCCUGUGAUUGAGGAAUACGACACCAUUAAGUUUGUUCUACUUCACUCGUCGUACCCGUUUACACGGCAAGCAGGAUACCUGGCCAGUACCUUUAAAAACGUCUACUUGGACCUCGGAGAAGUAUUCCCAAUGAUCAGCCGGGAUGGUCAGAUAUCAGUCAUCCGUCAGGCCUUGGAAUUAGUGCCUACGUCUAAACUUCUCUGGAGCACUGAUGGUCACUUUCACCCUGAGACCUUCUGGCUGUCUAACCUUCAGUUUAGACAAGCGUUAGAAUCGGUAUUCACUGAGUACGUAUACAAAGGAGACUUUACCAUUGAGCACGCGGCAGACUCAGUUAAGGAUAUCCUGUUCAAUAACUCUAACGAGCUAUACGGCCUUGAACAGAGGGUAAGUUUCGAGACCAUUUCAAAUCUUCAGCGGACUGAGGAGACGCCGUUCCCCGAGCUAUUCCCCCGGGAAUCAUCAGAAACUGCUCUCCAAACAGCCCAAAGAUUUACUUCUCUCUACGCUAACAUUGACUUCUACUGGCUCCAAUUCGUUGAUUACACGGCCACCGUUCGCGUUCGUAUGCUCCCCGCUUGCCAAUUCCACCGUAUCCUACAGGGAAAGUCUAUCGGAAUCACUACGGCUCUUAUGAAUUUACUCCAGAAUGAUACGUUAGGUGAACCCGGUGCUUUGACUGCUGGCCAGUUCCUCUUAAGGCCCGAUGUCACCACUCUAUCCCCUAACUUUAAAAGGUCUGGCCCUCCUAAUAGCGCAACGAUAAUGACAUUUUGGAAAACUUCAGAGGGCAAACCCUUGGAAGGCUGCCCGCGAACUAUGGUACAGAAUAUGGUCGACAAGUGCAAAUCCGAAUUUGGAGUUUCUCUGCUCCUAGGAUUUGAAGUCGAGGUGGUAUUCAUGAAAACAUCCGGUGCGGAGCGAGACCAUGGCUACAACUAUCUUGAAGCAGAAGACUAUUUCACCCCAUGGGUUCUCAAUCAUUCAUGGUCAAACAUGACGUCGGAUACAAGGACAGCACUGCCCCUUGUGGAAGAAAUAGCUUCAGAGCUACUAUCCCUAGGUAUUGAAAUUGAGCAGUUCCACGCCGAGUCAUCUCCAGGACAAUUCGAAUUUGUGCUUCCUCCGGCUCGGCCUCUGGCCUCUGUCGAUUUACUCAUCAGAGCUCGACAGGUCAUUGUCACCGUUGCCGAAAGAUACGGUGUUCGAGCAACUCUAUACCCUAGGCCCAGCCCCACUCAUGCUGGGACUGCAUCUCACGUCCAUAUAUCAGUCACGCCACCUACACGCGAAGAUAGCUUCCUUGCUGGGAUGCUAAAACACUUUGCAUCCGUUUUGGCAUUUACAUUCCCUCAAAAGGCAUGCUAUGAGCGUGUUUUGCCUGGUAUAUGGGCUGGUGGAAUCUGGGUUGCGUGGGGAGAUCAGAAUCGAGAAACACCCAUUCGCAAAAUUAGCGAGGGACAUUGGGAAAUCAAAUCCAUGGAUGGUAUGUCGAAUCCGUAUCUGGCUAUGGCCGCGGUGAUUGGCGCAGGAUAUCUGGGUAUGAAAAAGGGGUUAAAGUUAGAAAUGAAAGCAUGCAAUGUUGACCCUGCAGACUUGAGCGAUGCAGAGCGUACGGAACUAGGGAUAACUACGGCCCUUCCCAGAUCAAUCGAAGAGAGUAUUGAGGCCUUGAAGGCAGAUUCAGCACUCCAAGAUUUUCUUUAA